AUGAGCGACUUCGGCCAGUUUGGCUCCGAGGAGGAGUACGCGACUGUGCGCAAGCACAAUGCUGAGGUGGAGUCCGAUCCCGAUAACUUCGAGCACUGGGAGAACCUCAUCAAGGCUUGUGAGACAUUGGAGGGUGGCUUGAAUCGUAACUCGAGCCCCCAAGCUCUUGCGACCUUCCGCGAUGCCUACGAUAGAUUCCUCAUCAAGUUUCCUCUUCUCUUCGGAUACUGGAAGAAAUAUGCCGACAUGGAGUUCAAUAUCGCCGGCCCCGAGUCUGCCGAGAUGGUCUAUGAAAGAGGAUGCGCAAGCAUCACCAAUUCUGUCGACUUGUGGACGGACUACUGCUCCUUCAAGAUGGAGACGACCCAUGACCCACACCUCGUCAGAGAACUCUUUGAGCGAGGAUCAACCUUUGUCGGUCUUGAUUUCCUAGCCCAUCCUUUCUGGGACAAGUACAUAGAGUACGAAGAACGCCAGGAGGCACAGGACAAGAUCUACGCUAUCCAUGCACGUAUCAUUCGCAUACCGAUGCACCAGUAUGCACGAUACUAUGAGAGAUUCCGAUCGCUAUCACAUAACCAACCCAUUACCGAGGUGGUGCCUGCCGAGGACCUUGCGCGUUUCCGAGCUGAGGUCGAGGCCGAAAACAUAGCAUACGGCGGCGCUCCCAAACCUGAGCUGGAGAUUGAACGCGAUGUUCGCGCCAAGAUUGACGCCAUGUACUACGAAAUCUUCACAGCCACACAAACUGAGGUAUCGAAACGAUGGACAUACGAGUCAGAGAUUAAGCGUCCCUACUUUCACGUCACCGCUUUAGAGCACAAGGACCUAGUCAACUGGCGCAAGUAUCUGGAUUUUGAGGAAUCCGAAGGAGACUUUGCACGAAUCGUUGCGUUGUAUGAACGAUGUGUUGUCACGUGCGCUUACUACGAUGAUGUCUGGUUCCGAUACGCUCGAUGGAUGUCUGGUCAGGAGGGAAAGGAGGAAGAAGUUCGCAACAUUUACAUGCGCGCGGCGACGAUGUUUGUGCCCGUCAGUCGACCAGGCAUUAGACUGCAGUGGGCCUAUUUUGAGGAGAGCACUGGGCGGGUGGACGUUACCCUUGCCAUUCACGAGGCAAUUCUUCUGAGACUGCCUGACUGCAUUGAGGUCAUCGUGUCGUGGGCCAACGUUCAGCGACGACAGAACGGAAUCGACGCUGCGAUCCAGGUAUACAAGGAUCAAAUUGAUGGCCCCACAGCAGAUGUUUACACUAAAGCUGCUUUGGUCGCAGAGUGGGCUAUCUUGCUAUGGAAGGUCAAGGGUUCUGUUGAUGAGGCGCGCGAGGUGUUCACCGAACAUGUUCAGUGGUAUGCCGACAGCAGAUUGUUUUGGGAUCGAUGGUUUCAGUUUGAGCUGGAGCAGCCUACAAGCGCCGAGUCCGAGGCUCAACACGGUGAGCGAAUGAAGAAUGUGUUCGACGAGCUUCGAGAACGAAGUCGACUAUCUGCAUCGGCCAAGAAAGAUCUGGUUCAGGUAUAUCUCAACUACCUGGUUCAGAGAGGUGACAAGGACGCCAUGAAGGUGUUCUUGCAAGUCGACAGAGAAGUCUUUGGGCCAUCAUCGGUAGCAAAACUGUCCACGGGGCUUGGUGCCAAAGAGAAUGGGGCUGCAAGAGGAGAAUUGGACGAGGCCAACAAGCAACGGGCCGAAGCUCAGUACCUUCAUUUUUACGAGAUCCACGGGGAGCCAGACCCCGACGCGCAAGGCAACGCAGAUUUUAACUAG